AUGGGUGAGCUUGUAAAUGCUGCAAGAACAUUAGGUGAAACAGGAAAUUUUGUAGAUGGUUUUAAAAGACUUGUUUCAAAUGUUUUAACAAACACAAAGAAAUUAUUUAGAUAUACCGUACAUAACGGACGGAUUUUCGAACAGAUAGCAACAAACCCUCCGGUUAUGGCUGCGUUGAUGAUGGUUAGAGAUAUAAAACCACGUAACGACGGGAACGAAGAACAUGAACAACAGGAUACUGGUCGGGUUAUUCGAGACAUUAAAAACGUGUAUCCUGAAGUUAUUGAUUUAUUUAGAGGAGUUAAUGAUUCAAUUUCAAAACAUUCUAUAACCCUCGAUGAAGAGAAUAAAUUAACAGAUUAUAUAUUCGUCAUUAUUGCAGAAUUAAUGAAGAGAAUAAAUGAAAAAGGAAUUGGUGAUAUCAUUAAUGUCAGCGAUGUAAUGAUGAAAAGAAAUUUUGACUCAUUAUUUACAAAACCGAAAACAGAAUAUAGUCUUUAUGACGUAAUUACCGAAUUAAUGAAAAAGAUUAAUGAUAAUAAGAGUUCUGGCGGAAGAGUUGAAUUAGAAGUGAAUGAUGUUAAUGAGAAAUUAGCCGAAAAAGCAGACAAAAAUGAGCUUUUAGCUCUGAGUGAUAAAGUCAAGAAUCACGUUCAUUAUAUAACUUCAGACGAACAGAUUAUAACGGACUACCAUGGAUAUUUAACACGAAGUGAUGAAGCGAAAACAAAAAAUGUUAAUGAAAGAAGAUAUAAAUACAUUCGUGCUAAAGGUUAUGACAUAAGCUGUACUGUACAGUAUGAUGUAGCUAAAGCACCAGAAGCAUUUGGUUAUACCGGUGAAAUUUAUGCCUCUACUUUCAAUGUUAACGGU